GCAGGCAGCAUGUAUCUCAAUGUGGAAGGUGGGUGAGUAAUUCUGUCACAGAGGAGCUGGUCCCCUUCUACUGUGCUGCCAGUUCGUGUCUGCGGGACCUUAGCAUCUGGAGCCAGGAUACUUCGCAAUUGUCUCCCUUGCAGGGAACUUGAGAUCACCUGUCAUUUUGGAACCUUUGCUGCUACCUGCCAGGUGGCCCCCACUUCUGUGGAAAAGUGAUGGAUUUCUCAGUCUUCCUGAACUCCUACCAGCAAGGACGUCUGCCCAGCAGUCUCUUCUUCCUCACUCACCUGCUCCUCCUCCUCCAGCCCAGGGUGCUGUGCUCAGAGGAGAUCAGGGUGGUAGGCCAUGAGGAACCCGUUCUGGCACACGUCGGCGAUGAAGUGGAAUUCUCCUGCCACCUGUCGCCAUACCGGGACGCCGAGCACAUGGAGAUCCUCUGGUUCUGGAGCCAGGCCUCGAACGUGGUGCACCUGUACCGGGAGCAGCAAGAGUUCCACGGCAGGCAGAUGAAGCAGUUCCAGAACAGGACCCAACUCAUCACGGACGAUAUCGCAGACGGCAGCGUGACUCUGCGUCUCCACCGCGUAGUCCCCGCCGACCAGGGUCUGUAUGGGUGCCGCUUCCUCUCCAGCGACUUCACUGGGGAAGCGACCUGGGACCUGGAGGUAGCAGGACUGGGCUCAGACCCUCAUAUCUUCAUUGAGGGCUUCAAGGAGGGAGGCAUUCAGCUAAGGUGCCACUCCAGUGGUUGGUACCCCAAACCGCAGGCUCAGUGGAGAGACCAUCACGGACGAUGCCUGCCCCCGGAGACUGAAAACAUCACUGAGGAUGUCCGAGGCCUGUUCAGUCUGGAAACAUCUGUGGUUGUCCAAGAGGGGGCCCACAGCAACGUGUCCUGCUCCAUUCAGAACCACCUCCUAGGCCAAAAGAAAGAGUUUGUGAUCCACAUAGCAGAUGUGUUUUUACCCGGAACCUCUCCCUGGAAGAGAGCUUUCCUUGGGACUCUGGUGGGCCUGCCGCUCCUUCUGGCUCUCCUCAUGAUGCUGGUGCUGUACUUCUUUCGGAAGCAACGGAAGUCCCAAGAAAAGCUGAAGAAGCAGGCAGAGAAAGACAAAGGGAAACUCACAGCGGAGCUGGGGAAGCUUCAAGUAGAGCUGGACUGGAGAAGGGCUGAAGGCCAGGCUGAGUGGAGAGCAGCUCAACGACAUGCAGUGGAUGUGACCCUGGAUCCUGGCUCUGCCCACCCCAGCCUGGAGGUCUCCGAGGAUGGCAAAAGCGUGUUCUCACGCAGGACUGCGCUGGGGUCAGAGAACCCUCAGUGGUUCUCUGAGCAGACGUGCGUCCUGAGCCGGGAGCGCUUCUCCGCUGGCCGCCACUACUGGGAGGUGCACGUGGGCCGCCGCAGCAGCUGGUUUCUCGGUGUGCGUCUGGCUGCGGUGCCGCGUGCAGGGCAUGCUCGCAUGAGCCCGGCGACUGGCUACUGGGUGAUGGGGCUGUGGAACAGCUGUGAGUACUUCGUCCUGGACCAGCACCGCGUCCCGCUCAGCGUGCGCGUGCCGCCCCGCUGCCUGGGCAUCUUUCUGGAUGUUGAGGCUGGAAAGCUGUCCUUCUUCAACGUAUCCGACGGCUCCCACAUUUUCACCUUCACCGACACCUUCUCGGGGAUGCUCUGCGCAUAUUUCAGGCCUAGAGCCCACGAUGGCAGCGAACACCCAGAUCCGCUUACCAUCUGCCCAUUACCAGUUGGUGAGAAACGCGUCCUCGAAGAGGAGGACAGUGACGCCUGGAUACAACCCUAUGAGUCCUCGAACCCUGCCCUGGGCCUGUGGUGAAGUGCUUUCGUGGCCACUGGACUGGGUCCUGGGCGGCUUCCUGGAUACCCAGCUGGCGCUAUGCUCUUCUGCUUCCUGUAAAGCCAACAGAUACACUAACCUCACUGUCUGCCCCAGAAUGUCGGCAAAGGCCAAAAGGCUCAGCAGAAAGGGGGCAAAGAGAGACCUUUGCCUAUGUAGAUGUGAAUGUGUACAUGUAUGAAUAUGAUUUUUUCUUUCUUUUUUAUUUAAAGAAAGACAAUUCCAAAGCUUAUCUGUGUAUGUUGUAGGAUUGAGCAGGUGAGUAAACAUAUAUUCAUGUUGCUAGGAGUCACAGUGUUCACUGUGAAGACAUGAAAGAAACUGGAAUGGGGGAAAAAGAGGAGAAAAUUCAUCAGAUAAGACUGGGGUAUCAGUUAAUUUCUGUAUUGUAAUAUUUUUGUAUGUAUUUUCUAGCUCUACAAAGGUCUGGAAACAAUGACAGUUCAUAAGCAACAAGUUCACCUAAGGCUCAGAUGCUAGUUUUCACUGCCAAUUAGCACCAAAAUGAACUUGGAGAAGUGGUGAGAGUAGAGAACAUCUUUUGCUUUUAUGUACAAGAAUGCUCAAAAACGGAUGGGAACAUAGCAAAAAGACAUUGGAACUAGGUGAAAGGCGCUCCAUUGACCAAUUAUAGGACAAUUUGAACAUUAAAAUGAAUAAUGACAAGAAUUGCCCAAGAAGAGGUCAAUUCACUAAGUGUGCUGAGAGGUUUCUUUAGCCAGAGACAAGAGAUACAAAAAGAAAAAAAAGCCCACAAAACAAACAACAAAAUAUAAAAACAUAAAGCAAGACAUAGGGAAAGGAGAGAAUGAAAGAAUAAUUGUGACUCGAGGUUUUUACUAUGAAAUAGAUGCAUAUUGUUGUUAAAUAGACAGAUGUGAUAUAAUUCCUGGCUCUGUCUACACUGAGGGCUUAGAAACAAUACCCCUGUACCAAUGAGCAUGUCUAGCACCGAGAUCUUAGUUUUUAGUUACUAUUUACUACCGAAAGGAACCGAGGCUCCUUGGAGAAAUGGUGCACUUCAGGGCUGGCGCAGGGAAAAUACAUGGUGAGAUUCUGAUCUAUACUAGGAAAUAUUUAUUUGGUUUUUGACAUAGAUUUUAGAACAGAGCUCUUAACCCUUGAAAUUUUCUAAAAUAUAAGAGUCGUAAGGAUGUCUUUGGAUAUUCAUAACAAGCCCUUUAACCACACCUGAAUUUAUAUUACUGAGAUAAUUUUUAGAAAGCCAGUAAGGAUGAGGCUAGUUGCCAUGGGAACCAACUGUGUGACCAGAGGGUUGUAACUUAGCCCUACCCUACCCACCUACCUCAAAGAGGGAAAAGGGGCUGGAGAUUGAGUUCAACCACCAAGCGCCAAUGAUUUAACCAGAAAUGCCUAUGUGAUGAAAACUUUCCAUAAAACCCCAAAAGGACUCGGUUCAGAGAGCUUUCAGGCUGGUGAACGCUGGAGAUGCAGGGAGAGAGGUGCUUAGAGAGAUAAAGGAAGAAGCUCUGUACCCCUCCCACAUACCUUCUUCUAUGCAUCUAUUCUACCUGGUUCCUGAACUAUAUCACUUUAUAAUAAAUCUGUAAUCUAGUUAGUAAACUCUUCCUGACUUCUG